ACAUCGUUUAAAUAAAGGUGAGAGAAGGGAGAAUAAUCUACAACGGUCUGGCGGGAACGAACAACGAACAGGAAUGAACAGGAACUUGAUAAAACAAAUGGGAAUGGUGCUCACAUAGAUUUCGAUUUUUGAUUAUUUCUAUGUCCGGUGCGAGAGAUUACGGGUACGAAGUAUACAGAGCAGACGAAUCGCUUGACAAACUCCAACAAGUCCAGGAGAUCGAUCGGAUAGACGGCAGAAUCUUGCAAAACGGCCCGUAUUUCAACAGAGGCGUCGCCAAGAUAGGAUUUGAACGGCGGGAUUGCGGUCGCUCUUUGUUUAAAUGCGCCAUCGAUUUACAUUACGAGAAGUAUGGAAAACGACGCGAAGACUCGAAGGAGGAAAACAACAGAGAAAUCCGACGAGCAUCAGGCCAAACGUUCCAGACAAAUCGAGGAUGAUGCGGUGCAGAAUGAAGAGUGUAUGGUUGGAAAGGUGAAAAAGAUUCGUGUUCAUAACUUCAUGUGUCACGAUGCACUGGAAAUAACACUAAACAAGAAUGUUAACUUUAUUGUGGGACGUAAUGGCAGUGGCAAGAGUGCUAUAUUGACUGCAUUAACUGUAGGACUCGGUGCUAGAGCAAAUGUUACAAGCAGGGGAACUUCUGUUAAAGAGUUUAUAAAAAAAGGCAGAAACUCGGCUACUAUUGAGAUAACAUUAGUAAAUAAAGGGGACGCUGCUUUCAAGCCUGAAGUUUAUGGCGACAUAAUUACAGUUUUGCGUACCAUUGGAACUACCUCAUCAUAUAAGAUUAAAAAUUGGAGAGGAGAAAUUAUUUCUACCAAACGAGAUGAAUUGGAUAAUAUUAUAUCAACGAUGAAUAUACAAAUUGAUAAUCCAAUAUCUGUCUUGAAUCAGGAUGUUUCAAGAACAUUUUUAAUUACCUCUAAGCCUGAUGAAAAGUAUAGUCUAUUCAUGAAAGCUACUCUCUUAGAUUCCAUUAAAAAUAAUUAUAAAGAGGCUCUUAACAUAUGUGAAGAAGAAUAUAAUAAGUUACAACAAUAUAAUGAAACCUUGUCACAAGAAAAGAAACAAAUAGAAAAAUUGAAUGAAAGCAUACAUAGAUUAGAGGAAAUGGAUGAAUCACGAGCAGAACUAUCUAAUCUUGAAAUGGAACUUCAUUGGGCAAAGGCGAUUGCGGAGGAAACCAAACUUAAUAAAAUACAGGAGACUUUAAAGAUGCAUGAAGAUGAAUUCAAAGAGCUCCAAAAUAUAGAAUUAUCUACAGAAUCAAAAGAUGAAGGAAUUGAUAAAAAUAUCGAAGAAAUAAAGCAAAAAAUUCAGCAAGCAGAACAAGAAGUAACAGAUAGCAACGAAGCUUAUGAUAGUGCAAAACAGAAACAUAAGACUGCAAAUGAGGCGUAUUUAAGUAAACAGCGCGAAUGGCGUUCUGUAACAAGCAAAAUAAAACGGUUAGAAGAUGAUGCUAAUUUGGUGAAGAAGGAAAUUCAAAAGCUUGAAAGCUGCAAUGAUGAAGAAUAUAACAAGAAAAAAGAAAUGAAAGAGAACCUAUCAAAGUUGGAGGAGAAACUGGAUGAACUUGAUGCUUCAUUACGCACUAAGCAAACUGAAUUAAUGCAUUUAGAAGCUGAUAAGAUGCGACUUCAGCAAGAUGUGACAUUCGCCAAAAAUGAAAUGGACAAUUUCGAUAGACAUAUACAAAAGAUCAAAAAGGACUUAAGUGCUGUCGAGCAGCAAUCCGAUAAUGCACUGAGUGUAUUUGGGCGAAACAUACCGCGUCUGUUGAAGAGAAUCGAGGAGGAAUAUAAGAAGAACCGAUUCAAGGAAAAACCACGUGGUCCUAUUGGUGCUUUCAUAAAAUUGAAGGAUGCCGCUUGGGCACCGGCUGUAGAAAGUUUUCUAGGUUAUGGCACCCUUAACUCGUUCUGCGUGGAUAAUAAUCAGGAUGCUAAGUUAUUGAACAGUAUUAUGAAGGAAAUUUUCUACAACGAGAGUACUCUUCAAAUAAUAUGUAGCAAGUUCUUUAAUCAGAUGCACGAUGUUAAACGCCACUGUACAUAUUCGCCACAGUAUUCCAAUCUCUUAGAAGCAAUGGUUAUAGAAGAUCCUGUUGUAGCUAAUUCUUUAAUUGAUCAACGUGAAAUUGAAUGUAUUCUUCUUAUACCAACAAAUGAAGAGGCUUGUGCGAUAAUGUCGGAUGCAACAAAAGUGCCAAAAAAUUGCAAAAGAGCGUUUACUCUUCAUGGUGACACAUUUUUUCCUGAUCCAAAUUAUAGAACUUACGGUGGAAAUUGUGGUGUACGUGCUAAAUAUCUUCAAGUUUCUACCAUGGAAGCAAUGCAAACGCUAAAAGAAGAACUUCAAAUAGCGGAAAACAAAAAGCAGGAAGCUACCAUAGCAUGUAACGCUGUACGUGAAAAAUUAAAUCGUACUAAUUCCGAAUUGACUAACGUGAGCACAACGGUCCGCAAGCUAAGAUCCGCGCAGAGUGAAUGUACUAAUUUGAUUAAUGAACUGAAAGAUAAAAUUGAGUCGACUGAAGGCACUUCUGUUGAUGUUUUCCGACACGAAGCUGCAGAAAUAGAAAAGAAGAUAGCGCAGGAAAGUGCCGCGGAAAAACUUCUAACAGAGAAUGUGCAAGAACUUCAAAAGAACGUUGAAUCUCUCGACAUGGAAGUUAAGCGUUGCAGGGACUUGAGGCAUAAUUUACACACAGUUGUUGAUCCUCUUAAAGACCAAAUAAGAGAAUUAACACAAGAGAAAGAAAGGCAUCGGCGUGAGUGUCAACGUGCUGCUCGAAAAUUACACGAUACUCGUCAAGCUAUACAAUGCGCAACGGGAGAAUUCGAAAUACAAGAGAGAGCUACAAAGAAAUCGGUUUCUGUCGCUACUACAAAAUGUUCUAGGAUAAACACUAUCAGAUCGGUAAACCAAAUAAAAAUUUUACUAACUGAUUUGCAAGAUAAAAUUCGCGAAAUAGAAAAUCAGUUUGGUUGUAUAGAUGAAUUACGGCUACAACUGGCGCAAAAACAGCAAAAAUAUGGAGUGAACAUUGAAUUUGCUUCUCAAUUGAAAAAAAGUUGUGAAAAACACAUCGAACGAGUGAAAUAUCGACAGAAAAUGUUCCUCCAAUUGAGAGAUAUGUAUAGUGUUUAUGUACAAAAGUCUUUCACUGAUGUGCUCUCUUUAAGACAAUACAAGGGUACUGUGAUGAUCGAUCACAGAAACAAAGUACUUGAUUUGCAUGUUAGUGCACGGGACGAUAAAAAGUCUGGCAACGACACCAGAUCACUUUCAGGAGGCGAACGAUCUUAUUCGACUGUCGCGUUCAUCUUGGCUCUAUGGGAUUGUAUUCAGUUACCUUUCUACUUUCUCGAUGAAUUCGAUGUAUUCAUGGACAAAGUAAACCGACGGGUGAUAAUGGAUAUCCUUUUGGAUCACACUAGAUUACAUCCACAAAGUCAAUUUGCUUUUCUUACACCUCUAGACACAUCGCACAUUCUUGCCGAGGAUUAUGUAACAAUUCAUCAAUUACAACCACCAGAGAGAAGAGGCCUGAGUCAAUAAAUGUUCGAUUUUUUUUUU